UGUAGAGUAAAGAUUCGUUAAAUACUUAGCAGCAGAGAUCACGCGAAUAUUAACCAAAUGAGCUCUAUAUAUCUAAUUUUCUUCAUUACUAUCUUGGUUGGUGUACACUCCAACAAUUACGAGAUUCAAAAGCUCACAAUUGACUUUUUCGAAAGAAAAUUCAUACGUCAGGUCACUGUUUUCGCUUGUUGGGAUGAUCAUCAGCAAGUAGAUUUUUAUCACCACUCCACGGUAUCUAAGUUGAAACUUUCGUACAUUCCCAUACCAUCCAAUGCUUUGGACAUGAGAAGAUUGUUGACUGUUAAUUAUUACGCUCUUGGUAUAGUGCUCAACUUGGACUGCCCGUACAGCGACUCUGUUUUAGCAGAAUUUUCAAAACAGCAACUUUCAUAUAAUCAGAGUUAUCACUGGUUAUUGGUGACGAAACUAGAAACACCUCCUACCACAACACUCCAAGACCUGCAACUGACCAUAGAUACUGAAAUGACGGUGGCUGUAAAAAAUGAAUUGAAUUACAUCUUGUAUGAUGUCUAUAACCCAAGUUACAGACACGGUGGAAUAUUAAAUGUAACAUACAUGGGAAAAUGGAAUCAGUACAGUGGUCUGGACAUUACGCUUACUCAGUACAAGUAUCAACGGCGUGCAAACUUGAAGGGCCUCAGUAUUAAUGUGUCACUUGCUCUUCUACAUGAGCCAACUCCAGAUUUCGAAACUUACAUGACAAAUCCAAUUAAUCGACACCUUGACACAAUGCAUCGCUAUAACUACGCUUUGAUUAGAAAUUUACGAGAUUACUACAAUUUCACAAUUCACUUGAAGCUCACUGAUAGCUGGGGCUACUUGAUAAACGGAACGUAUAAUGGUAUGAUGGGAGAUCUGAUUGCCGGAAUUGCUGACAUUGGAGGAAGUCCGUUAAUGUUCAAAAAAGAACGUAUUGAAGUGUCGGAGUUUACAGUACAAACAUACAUGGCAAAAGCCUGUUUCAUACUUCGCCAUCCGAAAAAGCGUUCAGUUCGCAAUGGAUUUUUAAAGCCAUUUAGGGAAGAGGUCUGGUAUUUUACUAUCAUCAUAGCCGUACUAAGUUGGAUUCUACUCUGGCUUACAGCAAACGUUGAAAUCCAUUUUCGAGAUAACCCACCGCUUAACACUCUCCACUCGUAUCCAGGAUCUGAAACAGCUUUGAUUACAGUGGCUGCUGUAUGCCAACAGGGCUUAUCGGACGGUCCUCAGCUUUACUCUGGGCGUUUAGUAUUCCUCUCAUUAUUUUUGUGGACUCUCUUACUCUACCAGUAUUAUUCAGCAAGUAUUGUUGGUUCUUUAUUAGCUGAACCGCCACGAUACAUUAAAACACUGCAAGAUCUAUUAGAUAGUGAUAUGCCGGUAGGGAUUGAAGACAUCGCCUACACUCGCAACCAUUUUGCGACGACAACAGAUCUGAUUGCCCUGGAACUUCACAGGCGUAAAAUUGCACCUGGACAAGGUCGAAAACAUGCCGCCUACUUUAAUGUAACCGAAGGGCUCCGCAGAGUGCAAAAGGGCAAUUUUGCUUAUCACACGGAUAUUGAUUCUGCGUAUAAAUUUAUAACGGAUGAAUUUACUGAAGACGAAAUUUGUGAUCUGGUUCAAAUUACAUUAUUUCCUGCCCCGCAUCUUGGUACUGUUACCAGUAAACAUUCCCCGUUCAAAAAAAUGGUCACCUAUGGACUACGUCAAAUUAUUGAACACGGAAUGGGAGAGAGGCUGAAACAUUUAUGGCAGUACAGUCGGCCACGCUGUCCUGCAAGCCACAGUUUGAAACCAGUUCAAAUUUCAGUUGGUGAAUUUUUACCGGCAUUGUUUUUACUGUUAUUCGGAGCUAUCGGGGCAGCUACAGUAUAUUUUAUGGAAUACUUUGUUAAACAUUUGGAAUUCCACAUAGUUGGACUAUUGCACAAAUUAUGCAAAAAUCACAAUGAACUAUAAGUUGAAAAUUUUGCAAAUAUUAUAUGCACUUGACCGAAAAAUAUAAUGUUGUGUAUAGUAGAAAA